AUGUUUACCUUAAUUUUAGUACUGCUGCUAGUGACUCCGUUACAUUCUGCAGUGGGUGUUUGGCCCCUGGUGAGAUCAAGAGAGGUGAAAUUAUCCGCUAGGAUGGAUGGUGUAACACAAGAAUCUGGGAAAAACACAAGGAUAAAUCGUUCGAGUACAACCAAGCAUCCGAUUUCCCACAUCGAACAACCCACAGAGAGUAGUACCAGCGCAACCCGCAUCGGAUUGAACUUCGAUUUUAUGUUUGCGAAUGACGUGAAGCCCAGAAUUGAUAUGUCCGAAGAUUGCAGUCCAGAUUAUCCCAUUUGUACAAACGUCGUCGAUUACCCUCAGCAGUUGGUAAAUGAGAUAAUUGCCCGUCAGGAGUAUCGGUUUGCUGAAGUUUUUGGUGAUGAUGUGGUAAUGGAUAGCGGUGAUACUUUGAUAAAACGGUUCGAUACGUCAGAUGAUGAAUUCAUUUGUAUGAGCGAGGAAAAGUUAGUUCAUCCUCAAAGUGGCUAUACUAUUAAGGAUCAGUUGGUGAUGAUUGUGAAUACUCCGAGCUACAUGCAGGGUGUGCGAAUUGAAACCUGUCGAAAUCCUGGUGAAUCGUGCAAUAAGUUACAAUACCUGAUCUCUAUGUAUACAACGGAAUGUAAGCAACUCUAUCACUAUCGCACAUUGCUGGCAUUCGAUGCAGUUACCAAUCAACCGUAUAAAGAAUCAUUCCGUCUUCCAUCGUGCUGCAAAUGCGUUAUACGACCCAUACAAAGGGUUCAUUUGUAG